UUGUUCAAGAAGACUGAGGCCAGAGACUGACCAAAAGGACAAAACCGAAGCAGUUGGUGAUGACACGUCUCGCACGUGGCUCCAUCUCGACACGCUUGUUCUAAAUUCGUUUGUUAAACGUGCACCGUCGUUUACCACUGACUUGCCCAGGAAUUCAAUUUUACAGUUUCAUCUACCUUCCGAUCCGAUCACACAAAACUUUUAAUCAAAUGCUCAAUUUUCGUUGACAAGAAUAAAGUUGAAAGGCUAAAGUGACGGUGACGUUGACGAUGCAGAGUCGGAGUCCACCGAAGCACAGACACGAUGGGACUUCGCCGCUGCCUUUGGGGAUGGAUUGGAGCCCUCCGCCUCGAAAAUGGCACGGGCGAGACACUGUUUGGCCGCAUGAUCAUCGCACAGGAUGGAGUUACUGUGUCACAAUACCUUCGUGGGUUGUCUUACCAAAAUCAAGAGAUUCAGAUCCUGUAGUGUUUUACAGGGUUCAGGUUGGUUUACAAUCGCCAGAAGGGAUUACGACCACACGAGGAGUCUUGAGAAGAUUUAAUCAUUUUCUGAAGUUGUUUAAUGAUCUUAGAAAGGCAUUUCCUAAGAAAAAUCUUCCCCCGGCUCCACCUAAGGGACUGCUGCGUAUGAAAAGCAGGGCACUUUUGGAAGAGAGAAGGUGCUCUUUGGAGGAGUGGAUGACAAAGCUGCUGUCAGACAUUGAUUUAUCACGAAGUGUUUCAGUGGCAUCCUUUCUUGAACUAGAAGCUGCUGCGAGGUCUUCAUUUCAAGAUGUAAACCGCAACUCAUCAGAAGCAAAUACUUCUGGUAAUAGCACUGUUCCUUCGCUUAAAAUGCCUACCCAUUCAAGCUCAGCUCUUACUGCUAGUUCCUCAGUCACUUCAGAUUAUGGUAGUGAUACUGCUUAUGAGACAUCUGAGGUUGGAACUCCAAGGCUAGGAAGGGAUGAUGGUUCAGAAAAUGGGAUUGAGGAUCUAACUUUGGAUGAAGAUUUGACAAGUCCCAUAGAAAAGCUAGUGAAGUAUGGUAUGUCCAAUAUUGAUGAGGGAUUGUUCAUGGGGCAGACUAUUCUAGAGCAGCUUGAAGGUUUUCCUAGGCAUAAAACACAUGCCCGACAACCUUUCAAUAAUGUUUUAGGGAAGGAUACACAUAAUGGGAAUGCUUCUAAAGCUUCAUUUCUUGCUGGUGAUGGAAUGGACCUUUUCUCCGAAUCAGAGCCUGCUAAGGUAAUAGGUCACACACGAAAGCUAUCAGCUGAAAGUGUUAGAAGUGACACAAGUUCUUUAAGAGGUAGUGAAAUGUCAAACUCUGGUGUUCCAAAUUCAUCUAUUGAUGGCUCUGCUGACCUUCAUGGAUGUGCUGAGAUUUCAAGUACCAUGGAACUUGGCAACACAAAUCUGCAGUUUUCAGGUGAUGGACAAGUAGUUAUUCCAACGGAUCAACGCCAUAAAUUGAGUAGGACUCUUUUGACAAUGGAGCGAAGACUAGUAACUGCUAAAACUGACAUGGAGGAUCUUAUAGUCAGAUUAAAUCAAGAAAUAGCUGUAAAAGAAUACCUUAUGACAAAGGUUAAGGAUUUGGAAGUGGAACUUGAAACUUCUAAACAGAAAAGCAAAGAAAACCUGCACCAAGCUAUUUUAAAUGAGAGGGAAAGGUUUACACAAAUGCAAUGGGACAUGGAGGAGCUGCGGCGUAAAGCUUUGGAAAUGGAGUGGAAGUUGAAGUCAAGACAGGUUCAUUCAUCAGAGGUGAGGCCUUUGAUAAAUUCCAGUUAUGGAUCAUCUCCUUACAUAAUAGAAUCAUUUCAAAUAUCAGGAUCACUAGUACUCUUUGAGAGGUAUGAUCUUGGUUCAACAACCAACGAAACAAUCAGGUACCAGGAUGAUGUUUGCGAUUGCAUAUGGUUCCCAUACAACUUCAGUGACAGUGUCUCGAUAAGCACCUCGAAUACUGAUCUCCUCAAUGAUGAUAGUAGUGGUUACCAAAUACCAAUUUUGGUCAUGAGUACUUCUUUCACGCCGGUGAAUGCAAGUAAAUCAUUGCAAUUUUCUUGGGAGGCUAACGACACCAGAUUGUAUUAUAUCUUCGUGCACAUUGCUGAAGUUCAAGAAUUAAAAGAAAACCAGACUAGAGCAUUUAAUAUCUCUACUAAUGGAGAUGUUUGGUUUCCGGGCUAUUUUCCCUCUUCCACAGACUUAACUUACAACUUAUCUCCCUACAGUGGAACAAGAAUUAAGAUUUCACUGGAAAAAACUGCGAAGUCAACUCUUCCGCCAAUCUUAAACGCCAUGGAGAUAUACUGGCUAAAGCAUUUCUCAGAAUUGAUGACAAAUGAACAAGAUGGUAGGUUUCCUUUCAUUGUCUUCGGGGACUUUUCAAACAAUAAUCUGACAGGAUCAGUGCCGGAGUUUUUAGCACAGCUACAAAACUUGAAAUUGUUAAACUUGAAAGGAAACAAUCUCGAAGGCCCUGUUCCAGCUGCACUCCAAGAAAAAGCAGAGAAGGAUUUACUGAUAUUAAGAGUGAAUGGAAAUUCAAAUUCUUGUUCCCCUGGUUCAUACAAAGAGAAAAACAAGUCUAAUAUUGUUCCCAUGGUAGCACCAGUUGUUGCUGUUGCUGUGAUUUUAUCUGCAGCAUUGGUAAUUUUAUUGAUCCAAAGAAUGAAAAAAAGGUUCUCAUACUCUAAUGUGGUGAGAAUGACUAAUAACUUUGAGACAGUUCUAGGGAAAGGAGGAUUCGGAACUGUUUACCACGGUUACUUAGACGACACUCAAGUAGCUGUGAAGAUGCUCUCUCUAUCAUCAGCUCAAGGAUACAAGGAAUUUCAAGCCGAGGUUGAACUUCUAAUGAGAGUUCAUCGUAAAAACUUGACAGCCCUUGUUGGAUACUGUGACGAGGGCCCCAACAUGAGCUCACGGCCAAUGGAGACUUAG